CAGAAAUACACAUAUUUGAGUUAUUCAAAGCUGUUUGUUUAUUUACAGGAAGAAGGUUUGCAGGUUCCAGCAGUGUCACUCUGUAUGUUGUUGCCCUGUGAACUUGGGACUUAUCAUUGGGAGCAUCUAUACAGCACAAGUUUUGAAAGGGAGAACAACUAUGAUGUCCAAAAACAUCAGCGCCUCACAUAGCAUAAAACCUAAAGCCCCAACAAUCUCAGUGAAGGAAAUCAAUGGAAAUUUUGAAGUCACGUGGGAAACAAACUGGAACCGAAGUGUCAGUGAUUAUUUGCAUGCUGAAGUGACUUACCAUAAAAAAGGAGACACAAAAGAGCCACCUCAUAAAGUUAACGCCUCACAUUCCUAUGACAUACGUGGUCAAGACUUGGAGCCAAGUACAACAUAUGUGGUCAGCGUGAGAAACUAUUUAAAUUGGAGUGGCUUGUACAGUGACAGUAGCCAAGAGUUGGAAUUUACAACCUCUGCGUCUCGACCGAUGCUGUUCUUGUCUGUCAUCGUCUGUCUUACUAUUGCUGCAGUUAUCAUCACCAGUGUUGUAAUGGGCUGUUUUCAAAAAUUAAAAGCUAAGUGGUGGGAUACAGUUACCGAAUGUCCAAAUCCAGAACUUUUAGAAAUGCGUCCAGGCCAGCAAAUGUUCUUAAAGCCAACACAAACCAGCAUCUCCUCUGUCUCCAUUGAGACUGCUGUUGUAAAUAACAGUAAACCACGGUUAAAGGGGUCACUGACAGAAAGUAGCAUUGGGAUGAGUAUCAGCUCAUCUUCUGCAAACAUAGAACCUGCUGACAUCAAGGCUGGCGUUCAGGAUGCCCUCAGUAUAGCCUUCGCCCAUGGUCCAAAAUCAUCAAUGGCUACCUGUCAGCUCACAGAAUCAAACAAAGACGAUGGUUUCCUCUCUGCUUCCUACAGUCCUUAUUCCACAGCUGAUGACUUGAAAAAUUCUCCUCAAUUCACUAACUUUCACAACAUGACCUAUCUGAUAGGUACUCCCACCUGUGAGAUAAUGAGUAGUUCUGAGAAUCAAACGCAGGCUAAGAUACUCUGUGACUCUGCAUACCAUCCCAGUGAGGGUGAUGGGAUGACCUUUCUUGAUAAGCAAGCACCAUCUUGUGAGGAUCCUGCACAAUGAGAUAUCAUUUUACCUCCAGUGGGUUUUAUUUCUGAUGCCAACUGACAUGUCAUAUCAGCGCAGUGUGAAUUCUGGGAGGUUUUCUGACAAGCAAGCACCAGUCCAGGGUGGUCAGUGUCUCUCUUUCAUCUCUUCUGACCAGUCAUCACAUGGCUGAUUUCAUGGCUGUUUAUGCAUUCAAUACUCAGUACUCAGUACUCUGCUUUGCACCUUAUGAAUGGUUUUGGAACUGUGUUCAAUGUUUUGACAUCUUUUAUGUGAAAAGUGCACAAUGUUCUUGUAUGAAAUAUUAUAUAAUCCUAUAAUAGAAACUGAAUUCACUUCAUUUGUGUUCUGGGUCAUGGAACGUUAUAAUCCUUUCAGGCCUCAAACAUUAGACCUAGCAUUAGAUAAAAAUCACUUCAGUGAUCUAUGAGUUAAAAGGAUAUGUUCACCAUUUUUCAGGUCUGUCUAAAAACAAUAGCCAACAGCUCCAACAGCUUUUGCUUGCUGUAAUCAUUCCUCCUGUUCAUAGUGACUAAUAGAAGAUCCUCUCCAACUGUGCUCAACAAUGUAAGUGAGGGGGGACAAAAUCCAGUCCUUGUUUUGAGCGUAAAUGUAUUUUGAAGUUAAUCUAAAGAUAAUAUGGGGGUUCAGUUGUCCAAAUAAAGUGGCUAUCUACCUCAGUUAGUCUUUUUAGUAAAAAAAAAAAAAAAAAA